CCUCCGUCCACCAUAGAUCGGGACGGAAUGCCGCCCAAGAAGAGGACCCAGACGUCACUGCCCGGUGGGGCGGAUAAGCGAUCCAAGCAGAGCAGCCCGUCGCAGCAACGGGAAACAGCGUCUGUUGAAAGUAUGUCCGGGGAGGUGUCUGUCAAGGAGGAAUUUGCAACGAAUCUCGAAGAAAAUGGUCAUACCAUGAGCGUCUCUCGUCCCGCGAUUUGGUGCCAAGCCUGCGACAAGGAGGCCGAUGGACUGUGCGCGGACUUGCAGCACUCCCUGACGUCCCUGCGCAUGCACCGCGCGGGGCAGGCGGCCCCCAAGCUGCAGCGGCUGCAGACGGCGGCCUCGUCCGCCAGGAAGGUGGUGGCGGCCCUGCAGGACGCCCGGGACGCCGUGGAGGCCCAGCUGCAGGAGUGGCGCGCCAGGCUGCUGCGGCUGGAGGACGCCGAGAGGGAGCUGCAGGCCGCGGUGGACGAGGGCCGGGACCUGCAGACGCCCCAACUUGAAGGCCUGGACCUUCUGCUGCGCGACGCGGCCGGCCUGCUGGGCGCCGAGUGCAGGCUGCAGCUGCAGGCGGACGCGGGCAGCGCACAGUGGAAGGCCGACCUGCAGCCGGCCGCCCCAGGGCGCAGCGCGCUGCUGCUGUGCGCGCUGGUGCUGCAGCUGCGGCAGGAAGAGAGCCUCGUCCGGGUGUAUCCCUCCGAAGAGACGAUGGACGUCGGCACACUUAGCAAGCAAAAGAAGCACAGCCGAGAGCUGGACGACGUUCUGCAGGACUCCGCGUUGUCUAAGGUGAGAAAGCUAGAGGGCUUGGACUGCGACGCCCAGCCCACCUGGUGCAAACUGUUCCUGCAGCGCGUGGCUCCACACGUCGAGUGGCUGUGCAUGGAGCGCGCCCUCCGCGAGCACUUGGAGGUGGUGCGGGGCAUGCCCUCCCUGCGCUACCUGUACGUGCACUUGAACUGCUGGGACGGCACUGCGUUCGCCGGGCUGCCUCUGCAACUCGAGGAGCUUGACGUGCGAAACGUGCCGGUGGACAUGCUGGAGUCGGUGCAGCGGAUGCCCAACCUGCGCAAACUCACCUUGUACAACUUCCACGGGGAACGAGUCGAGUUUUCGUUCCCCGCGGUGCCUGCACUGCAUCGCGGCCUGCGCUGGCUGACCGUCGGCCUCUGGUCGUUGCCUUCCCUGCUGUCGCUGGCCAAGGCGCACGCCGCCACGCUCCUGGAACUGAGAGUCCUGUGCUCAACCCACGACGAUGGGAGGACGCCGCUGUACUUCAGGGAUCUGGCCGAGGGGCUGCAGCAGUGUGGGCUGGUGGCGCUCAGGAGAGUGGUGCUGCUGAGAGGCACAGGCACGGCAAGACACCACGUGGAGAAGGAAAUUUGCCACGCGGAGAAUACGUGCACGCAACAGCAGCAGCAGUUUAGGGACAAGCUACUGGUGACUGUGUAUUGCCAAAAGUGCGACACCACUUGCCCUUGCUACCCUGAUUUUGGUGACUUCACCUGGACGGACUAAUACAUGGAUUUCUGUGGAAAAAUUUUCCACACCCAUUUACAGAAAUCCAUGUAUUAGUCCGUCCAGGUAUGCAGCCAUGUGGCUCCUAAUGUGUUGAGGGAGCUCGGAGCCUCAAAACGCAUCCUGGAAUUAUUUUUGGCCUCUGUAAUUCUUUCAUUUUAUUAGCAUGUAUUGUAAUAGUGAACAAUGUUUAAUCGACGUCCCACCUUACACCGGAUGUGGCUUCCUGCGAAUAAUGAAUCCAGAGCAAUAGAAAGUAGUGGGCGUGGAUCGCGUGGGAUUACUGGUGCGCUCCAGUGUUGAACUCUUCUUGCAGUGCCCCUUUCAUAUCCCUCCGUUAUGUGCAACAGUGUGUAAUAAAUAUCAUUGAUUUCCA